GUGGAGCAGUUGAGUAAACUACAAGCUGAGCUAGACGUAAACGAAAAUGUGGCGCAUGAUAAUCGCAGCUGUGGAGGAGAAGAAAUGAAAUAUGCGCAGAAGUGCACUGAUUUACCCCCGGAUCUAAUAGAAGAACAGUGUCGGGCAGCAUGUCAUCAACAAGAGUCACUCUCGGGUUUUUACUCCUAAACUUCGUCACCGUCAUUGUUUCAGGGGUCCUAAAGCUGCCCAUUACCCCUGACAGAGGCACCACCCUCAUCAUCAGCAGUAGUCAAUUAAAAGGUUGCAAUGUUUGCAUCGGGGCAGGACGCCUACGACAAUGUGUAUCCGUUGAGUUAAAAGACAACACUCGCGUUUCUGUGGAGUUUCAAUGCUUGCGACAUCAACAUGUGUUCAACGUGGAAGUUGUGCGAAAUAUAGAAUGUACCACCAAGUCUUGCAGUGGCCACAUUAUCCAGGCGGACUCCAGCUCUCUUCCUUUGCUGGAUUUUAAUCGCAAGUUCACCUGGAACCUGAAGUCCUCUGCUCUAAAAGCAGUGAAAAUAGACUUCAGCAACACAGGUCUAAGACAGAUAAAUCCCUCUGACAGAUGUCCAGAUGGACACAGCUACACUCUUCAGGCCUUCCAGACAACGGGAAAUGUCUCCGUAGGGAAAUACUGCAGGAUGGGGCCUGUUGUGGCUUCUCAGAUUCUGAGUCCAGGUAGCUUUUCGCUGGAAGUCCCAGCAGGACAGAAGCUGCAAAAUGGCCGUUUUGACGUGUCUGUUGGGGAGGAAAUCAAAUCCCUUGCCAAAAUGACAGUGAUGGUUCCAAAAGGGACCUCGUCCCUAAAUCUGCUCUCGCCAAACUUCCCUGAUAGUUUUCCUGACAACGGUGCGAUGGAGUGGUACUUUCAAGUACCGGACAAACACAAAACGGCUCUUCAGUUUUUAAAUGUCACAAAGCCGCAUUGUCUGAAGAAGGAGACAGCAGUGGAGUACCACGGAAAAGGGAGAGGGGCGGUGGUGCUGAGUCUUUCUGACCCCCAGCCAGAACAGAAACAGGGACACUUCACCCUGACACUGAGGAACUGUGAGAUGGACACAAGAAGUGCUGCUUCUCCUGGACUGUUGCUGAACCUCAAGGUGUCUUCUUCAAGAACAGGAACACCAGUGUCAUGUAAAGUGGAUCUGAGCAGAAUGGGGGGCCUUUCGCUUCACAUCGAGAAGUUGAGACCGACCUCCGUCUGCGAGAUGAAAGUAAACUCUGUGCUUAAGGAGAAAAUCACGGUCACUUCCAAGAGUGAGCUCACCUUCCAGGACUGCCUCCCUGAAGACAUACAAGUCACCGCCACGAAAACCAUAGAAUGUAGUGUACAUAAAGACUGCUCGGAGACCUCUUACCAUCUGUCGGUGCCCAUGCUGCCUCUUUGCCUCCCGGCCCCUCUGAUCAGCAUGACCUGGACUCUCCGUCCCCCUCAGCAUGGCACUGUGGAGCUCACCUCUACCUUCGGGCCCCUAAUGCAGUCCCUACCUGGGCAGCAGUGCAACGACAGCAUCAUCUUUACAUUUUCCGAAGAUGACGGCACUACUAUCGGACACUUCUGCACCCCGGGAGCCAUACAGAAGGUCCAAAUCCACACCAACAUGUCUGUCACUGUGUCUGGGAUGGGGGGUAAAGCACUGAGGACACUUUCGAAGCCUGUUCUGCUGGAGGCCGUUUUCAAAGAGGAGAUAUCAGAAAGAUACAUAUUCACUGUGUCUCCAAAGAAAGACACUCCUGUACUUUUGGCUACUCCUGGCUGGCCAGUAGGAAUGAAGUCUUACUCCACCGUCUCCUGGAUCGUCACCAUUCCGCCAAAGAUGGAGGCUCACCUGAUGUUCGCCAACCUCAGCCAGCCUAAGUGCAGCAACCGCCACACCAACAUCAGGGUGCAGAGAGUGGGCUGCCUGGAGGAGGAGUACAGCCGUAGGGAGGACGAGGAGGCCGAGAGUGAGAUCACGGUCAACGGGAAUUUCUACCUAAACAUGUCCAACUGUAUGCCUGAGAGAGGAGACUUCAGCGUCACCACCAAGAUAACCCUGCACAAGAGCAAGAACCUGCUGCUGACUAUCAUCCUGAGUGUGGUGGCUGCCCUGCUGGUUAUUUUCACCAUUGUGCUGGUAGUCGUCUGUGUGGUGAUUAGAAAGAAGAAAAAGAAGAUGGAUCAUCAAGUGUCCAUUUACAAUCCGAACGGCACUAGCUUCCUGCCAGGACCCAACGGCUUCCCAAAAACACGAGAAGACAACGAGUCCCAUGUGUACGCCUCCAUCGAGGACUCGCUGGUCUACACCGACCUGCUGAGAAAGGGAGCAGAGAUGGGCAUCUACGGAGAGCUCGACACACACCAGCCCUUCCCGGGGCAGAUCGUCUCACAGAAGCCGUUGGUCUCUGAAAUAGCUGCAGAUGAUGACAUACCGGUUGGGGUUUACCAGAAGUUUCAGGCUCCUCCGCUUCCAAUCAGGCCCCCGAGCCACAUGCAAGCGCUGCAGGACAAUGUGAUUUACCAAACCGAGGACCCAAGUGAAGAGGAAAACUCUCCGAAUCUGGGGCCGCGGCUGGAGCCAGAGGGAGGGGACUGAGUAGGAGAUUGGAUUCAGCUUUCUGCUUUUCUCUUGACCUACAUGAACUUUGAGAUAUUCAUUCCCUGAUAUCUUUGUGAUUACCUGCCUCUCUAAAAGCCUUUGUUUUUUUUUCUCUCAAGCAUAGUUUUGCACCAAAGCCAGGCACACAACUUACCCUGCUGAACCCGCCUGCCGCUUGUUACGAGGUUUUAUCUCAGAUGAAGGCAGUACACAAUCAUCCUCUUGUACCAGCGAUGCCACUAUGAAAAGAUGCUUCUUUAAGGCAAUGAAUAUUUGUUAUUUUAGAUAUUUUGUACAAUUCAUGGUUGUUUUUACAGGAGCAAACGUGUGUGCUGUUAACAUGCUGAAUUUUUCAUUUUAAUAUUGAACUGAGAGAGGACUUUACUGCUGUUUGUGUUGCACUGAAUUUUUAUGGCAUCAUCUCAAUAUAAUGGCCUGAUGAUUGCCUGGAUUGCAGAAGAAUGCGACAGCAGUGUAUGUGCAUGGAGUAUCUUUUUUAUCAUAGCUUUUUACCCUGCUAUUUGCCUUGUGGACCUAUCAUUACACAUUAAAUUAAGUCAUUGCACACGUUUUUAAAUACAGGUCAGGAUGUUUCUGUGGCAACUAAUUGUACAUUCCUUUUGUUAAUUUUUGGACACAGUUUUUGGGAAUCUUAAGACUGAUCUGCUGCUAGCUGAAUUAUUUGUUUCUUUGUUCAUAAAGAGACUGUUUUGUUUUUUCUACUUGGGUAUCAUGAUGGAUAACAAUUACUAGGAAGAGGCUUUGAGGUUUUGAGGACUACAGCCCCCUUCUCACACAAAACUAAAAUCAUUAAACACUGUUCAUUUCAUUCUGACACCCAAGAAUUACAUAUUUCAAAAAAGGGACCUUGUUGCUUGACUGAAUGGUGUCAUUAAUAAUAGGUAGCUUUAAAAAGAGGGACACCUAUAAUUUAACAUAAGUGCGAUGGAUACUCUUGUGUUGUUGUGUUGACAGUCUCAGUUUAUUCAUUGUGGAACAACAAUCUGUUUUAAAAAUUCAUGGUGUAACCAAGUCACAGUCAAGUGCAGGUUAAUCAUUUUGUAAAAUUCAAAGAUGUGUACUUUAACCAGGAUAUAAAACCAUCACAGCAUAGUUAAGUAUUUAAUUAGGGUUUCGAUUUUGAAAUUAAGCUGGUCAAGAUGUCAGAAUAUUACGUGGUCGCAUUUGAGGAAUAAUGGGAAUACAGUUUUACAAUCAACCUUUGAAUAGAUUUAAUGUUUGUUUUGGAAAGCCAUAUCGCCUCCAGCAGUUCAGAAAGUGAACUGCAGAGGGAAACAAAGAUACCAUGAAAUCUAUCUCAGUCCUGAGGAAAUAAAGUUUCUUCUGCCAUAAAACAAUGCAAGAACUCUCUGAAUGUGAGGUUGCUUUGUUUGAGAGCCAUGUAAAUAUGAAAGUAGGUUCUCUAUAGCUGCUGCUGACAUCAGUGCAUGUCCAUGGAGAUGUUUGUACAUGUUGACAUGAUGUAACCCUCCUUUCAAUGAGUAAACUAUUCAGUGUUCCAAUAACAGAAACUAGGUUUUCAUGAUGGAAAAAGUGUGGGUCGGGUGGAGACAGAAUAAGUCAUUGUCCUCAUUAAGUUGGGACAGAUGUUUCCAGAAAAGUAGGAUCUGGAAACAUCUGUAUUUUCGAAAGUAAACUUUUGGGGGGAAAUGUUGAUCACUGAAUUUCUAGGAAUCCCUGCACGUAUUUCCAACACAAAAUCCACCUUCCCAAAUAUAAUGUAAUGUUUUGUCCAAAUUGAGUGUUAUUUGGAAAGGAAAACGUAAACUGCUUGAGACCUUUCAAACCCUAUCACCCUGUAAACAAACUAUGAAAACAAAGAGUAACUAUUACCAUAAUUAUUUAUGUUCUUCUGAGAAAAAAUAGUAAGAAUAUAAACUAUGUGAUGAAA